ACUGAUCAGGAUCUAGCUCCAGUGUUUAUCCAGCAUGGAGUCUUUAAGAGAAGCAAACUAAACUCGGCUAAACGGUUAUAAACUUGUAUCUUUGAGACGCUUUUUGGUGAAUUUUAUAGCGGGAUUUUAUUUGAAUUAAAACGACGCGGGCACUGACUUUUAAAAUCAUGUCCUCUGCCUGUGCCUCUGUAAUUGAUGAUAUUGAGGACAUGGUGUCCUCCAGCGAUUCGGCUCCUUUACAGCUUCAGCGCUCCAGCGGCAGACAGUCCGUCAUUCCCCGAGUGAGAAAACGCAAAAACGUCGCAGCCAACGAGGAGCUGCAGGUGGACAGUGUGAUUCCUGGCACACAGAAAGUGUGGUUAAGGACGUGGGGCUGCUCACAUAACAGCUCAGACGGAGAAUACAUGGCCGGACAAUUGGCUGCAAGCGGCUAUAAGAUGACAGACGACCCGUCCGAUGCUGAUGUUUGGCUGCUCAACAGCUGCACUGUCAAAAACCCAGCUGAAGAUCACUUCAGGAACAACAUCAAAAAGGCUCAGGAGCAAAAUAAGAAGGUGGUGGUUGCAGGAUGUGUUCCUCAGGCUCAGCCUAGGAUGGACUACCUCAAGGGCCUGAGCAUUAUCGGGGUCCAGCAGAUCGAUCGUGUGGUGGAGGUGGUGGAUGAAGCAGUGAAAGGUCACUCUGUACGUCUGCUGGGUCUAAAGAAAGAUAAUGGGAAGCGGCUCGGCGGCGCUCGAUUGGAUUUGCCGAAGAUUAGGAAGAAUCCGCUGAUUGAAAUCAUUUCCAUCAAUACAGGAUGCUUGAACGCUUGCACGUAUUGCAAAACCAAACACGCGCGAGGAGACCUGGCCAGCUACCCUAUCGAAGAACUGGUGGAACGAGCCAGACAGUCCUUCCAGGAGGGAGUGUGUGAAAUCUGGCUGACGAGCGAGGACACGGGGGCUUACGGGAGGGACAUCGGUACGGAUCUCCCCACACUGCUAUGGGAGCUGGUGAAGGAGAUCCCUGAUGGCUGCAUGCUCCGCCUGGGCAUGACCAACCCACCCUACAUCCUUGAGCACCUGGAGGAAAUGGCAAAGAUCCUGAGUCACCCGCGAGUGUACGCCUUCCUGCACGUCCCUGUCCAGUCAGCGUCUGACAGUGUGUUGAUGGACAUGAAGAGAGAGUACUGCUGUGAUGACUUCACACACGUUGUCGACUUUCUGAAGGACAGGGUUCCAGGCAUUACCAUCGCCACUGACAUCAUUUGUGGCUUUCCGGGAGAGACGGACGACGACUUCAAGCUGACGAUGGAACUGGUGAGAAAGUACCGCUUCCCAAGCCUUUUCAUCAACCAGUUCUACCCACGACCCGGAACUCCCGCAGCCAAGAUGGAGCAGGUCCCGGCUCAUGUGAAAAAACAAAGAACCAAGGAGUUGUCUGCGUUGUUCCACUCAUAUAACCCUUAUGACCAUAAGGUUGGAGAGAGGCAGAGCGUGUUGGUCACAGAGGAAUCAUUUGACGCUCAGUACUAUGUCGCCCACAACAAAUUCUACGAGCAGGUUCUAGUUCCCAAAAAGCCAGAGUUUAAAGGAAAAAUGAUAGAGGUAGACAUCUUCGAAGCAGGGAAGCACUUCCUCCGGGGUCAGCCGCUAGAGGACUCCACAGUUAUCACGCCAUCCAUCAACCAACCAUUGAAGAAGGGAGAAAUCUCCGGCCUCAGCCAGGAACUGAAAGGUGCGAGUCAGAACGGUGGCCCUGCCCCCCUGCAAUUGACCUGUUCCUCAUGGAACCUGGAUGGCCAAGGACUAAAACUCUCAGUAGGAUUGGCUCUGCUGGCUAUUGUAGUGCUUUUAAUCUUUGAGAAACUUCAGUGACAUUGAAACAGAGCCCGACGUACGUACACACACACACACGUGCUUAUUGUGUGUGUGUCUGCGUGUGUGUGUGAAUGACAAGAUCUGCCAAACGUCACACAUCAGCCAAGCAUCUGUGAGUUGAGGUCAGAGUGAGGUGAUGUUCAUGAGCUUUUGAUUUCACUGAAAUAACUAAAGGACACGGCGAAGGAUUUUACUCUUUAUUGUGAAGUUCGCCUUCACCACAUAAAACUGUUCUGUACUCUUUUUUCAGCUCUUUAUUUAAAUAACGUGAUCUUUUUUAAAUCUGUUGAAGGCACACAUUUUAGAAAUCAAGCUACAAGGACAUCCUGAAAAACAUUAUUGACUUUUUAUUUUCUUUUAAACUGAUGUGUAUGGGGUUUUCUUUUGUUAGGUUUUUUCUUUUUUUUUUGGACAAAAGCAAACUGCAAGGUCAUCAUCUCUGUCCUGCGUACCGUACAUCAUCCUCAUUAAACAAAACUCCACACUC